CGGUUAGUAGGAAUAAUACCGAUUUGUGGAUUUAAGAAUUGUUCAUUUCGGUUUGUAUCGGAAGUUCUGAAUCUUGAUCCGUGGCAAUGGCCGCCGUGAGCCGAGCUUCCACUCGAAUCCCUCAUCUGCUUGCUGCACGGGGAGCUUUGUGUCUUCAUACAACAACUCCGGCUUUGUCUUCCUCAUCCACUGCUUCUCCGACGCCGUAUGCGAGGCCGCUGCCUCCUUCGGCCUCGUCCCCGACGGGGCUUCCGAAGGCGGCUGAGUAUGUCAUCUCGAAGGUUGACGACCUCAUGAACUGGGCUCGCCGUGGUUCUAUCUGGCCUAUGACGUUCGGCCUUGCUUGUUGCGCUGUUGAAAUGAUGCACACCGGUGCUGCCCGCUAUGACCUCGAUCGCUUUGGUGUCAUCUUCCGUCCUAGCCCUAGGCAAUCUGAUUGUAUGAUUGUCGCCGGUACCCUCACCAACAAGAUGGCCCCAGCUCUUCGCAAGGUUUAUGAUCAAAUGCCCGAACCGCGAUGGGUUAUAUCCAUGGGAAGCUGCGCAAAUGGUGGUGGAUACUAUCACUACUCAUACUCAGUCGUUCGGGGAUGUGAUCGGAUUGUCCCUGUCGAUAUCUACGUUCCUGGUUGCCCUCCUACUGCUGAGGCAUUACUUUACGGAAUCCUUCAAUUGCAGAAGAAGAUCAACAGACGCAAAGAUUUCCUCCAGUGGUGGACCAAGUGAGACCAUCCAUCCAAGUCAGGUAUUGCUCGUUGGUGGAUGCUUCAAACUAUAAUAAGAACUGUAUUACAAGUUUGUGGUAAUGUAAUAGAAGAGAUUAUGAGUGAUGUUUCAAUAAGACCCCACAACUGAUCCUCCUUGAUGAUGUUUUUUCCCCGUUUUCUGUUUAUCUCCCCCAUGUUAUAUGGUGCCUUUGGAUGGCAAAGAAUUAUAUGUAUCUCUUCAAAUUUGGAGUUCACUAAACACUUCCUGAAUUUUUCAACUUA